CGCGUUGCCGCAGAAGAGGGUCGACAAGAGAGCAGCUGCGACCGAAGAACGCCCGUAAUCUGGUCAGAGAGAAGCGAGGCAAGGUCUACACGUCAAAACGCAAUGAUGAUUCCAACGGUCAUCGUCACCUUCCUCAUCCUGGUGUUUACAGGGCGAUCGGCAUCUGAAGACUAUGACUGCAGCAACGCUGUGCGGUGCUUUGCAAAGCUGAGAGAACAGGUGGUGGAGAAACUCUACACUCUGUCAAAUCCGGAACAAACACCAAAGAAUCUUGACACCUACAAGCAAUUCUGCACAUUAUCUUUCCGCAACCCCUACUCGCCUUGCAGCACCUUUGAAGAUUACAAGCCUUGCUUCAAGCGUGCUGAUAUUGAAGCGCGAGAAAAGGUGUACACUGAACUCUGGAACUUCGUAUGCUUCAACAAAACGACCUGGGAGCGUUUCAUGGGCAUCCUGUACUCCACGACCAAUGAUCCUUGCCGAGGCACCUUGAAUGUUACAGAAAAAGUACUCAACGGUGACUUCGGCAAAUGUGGAACAGUGAAAGAGCUGUUCGCCGAGUGCUUGUCUCAGAAGCGCUUGAAGCCCGACAUUCUGGAAUUGUCUAUGGAGCUUCUCGGCUGCACACAAGAGCAACCUGUCAGUACCACAACCCAGGCAGCAGCGCCUCCUCCCGCAGAUCCAAAAUGUGAUAAAGACGGCGCCACUCGCUGCCUCUGGGUGGCUGCCAAAGCUCUAGAGACUUCGAUGGGGUUCAACGACGACGGCGCUCAGGCUGGACAGAGUGGCUGCACUCCGACAUCAUGUCUCGACAACUACUUGCUUGAUGGCUGCUCCCACGAAGAAAUAAUGGAGUUAUCUGCUCUUCAAAGAGCAAUAGAAAACGUGCGAUCGGCUGCCUGCGGGGACAAUCAGAAGCUUCUGAAGUAUAUCCGCCUCGCGGCCUCCUGUUGGAAUGUGGAAGAGUUUAAACGCUGUGUGACCGAAUCUCCCAUCGACCUCAGCAAGGCCUUACUCUCUACGGAGGAGUGCAGCUCCUACAUAUCGUCAGUUCACAAGUGCAUCGGGAAAAGCCGCAAGCAAUGUAAACAUGACGUCAAGAGUGUGAGCAUGCUGCCAUCGGCCUUCUUCGGCGCUUACAACUGCGCUUCAGAGCAGGAUGAGAUCCCUGCGGAGAAGCCGAAGGGCAACAACGGUUGCCCCAGCCUGGCUUCUUCCAUUCCAUUGACUGUUUCGGUCGCUCUGGUCACUGCACUAGCGAUACGAAGCUAGAUUUUGGACACAAAAAUGGUCCCCGUCUUGCUCUUUAGGCUGGAGGAUGUUAUCUUCUACAACAAAAGCUUUCUACGGAUGUUCCGUUCCUCGAAGCCGUUGUUUGAUUUUGAUGGGGGCAUGCAGAGCAAGAUACAGUCGUGCGCUUUGAUAACUGUGCACCUUGAAAAUACCAGCGGGUAUAAUCGCAAUCAAGGCGUUUUUGAGGCACCUCUCAGAUUAUGCAUGCAUCCCUAUGACAUAAUAUUUUUGAUGAAGAAGGAAGAGUGGUUCGGUACAAAAAAAAGAUGAUGCGUUAUUGCCUCUUUCUGAGCUAUACUAAUUUCGCCAUGGCCAAAUUUUGUUUUUUAAUUCAUUUUUGUUGGCACCUAAAUUGAUUUGCUCAUCAUUUGUCGCCAUUUUCCUGUGUCACUUUUUUUAGAAAAAAAUAAAUAACUACCCUUUAGUGUGGCCAAUCAGGAUUUAUUGGCCACAGUAUAGGGUCGUCUAUAUAUUAUA